AUGCAAAAUCCAUCGCAUAUUAUUCAACGACUUCGUGAAAAAUUCGUUCACAGUCCGCAAUCCCUCGAAAUCGGAUUUGAUUGUUACAAGUGUGACACGACCACAAUUUCACGUUCAGUACUGGCUAAAUUACAUCAUGCCAAUGUGCGCAUUAUUGAUGUGCCCGAUCAUAAACCAGGAGCUGUUGACCGACGAAUUCUAUUGGACUUAGAUCGUUUCGAACGAGUUCAUAGACCACCAGCUACUAUAGUGUUCAUUUCAAGUGAUAUUGACUAUGUCGGUAAGCUAAAUGAUCUUCGUCAUCAAGUUGGCUAUUAUGUUGUUGUUAUUCAUAAUAAACCAGUCAGCGAAGAUUUGUGGACAUCGAUUAAUGCGCAUUACUUAUGGGAUAUGUUUACUAAGCAACCCGAUAGUACAUUUAUUGCAUUACCAAUGCCUGUAUCUCAGGGGCGUAGCCAGGACUUUCGCAUGGCAGACACACAUCAACGACAAAAUAGUUUUUUGUCAUGUGACAAGGUUCUUUACGAGCAUCCCCCAUCAGCUGUUUUUAGGCCAAGGGGGAUGCAGGGUACUUGUACACCUCCCUUUGGCCACGCUCCUGUUGUAUUUCAGGGGCAUAGCCUGGAAUUUCGCAUAGAGAGUCCACAUCAACGGGAGAAUAGUUUUUUGUCUUGUGACAAGGUUCUUUACCUGAACUCUCCUCCAGAUAUUAUUGGACCAAGGGGAAUGCAGGGCAUCUGUGCACCUCCCUCCGGCUACGUCCCUGUUGUAUCUUCUCCACGUCUGUAUCAAUGCCCAGACUGUCCGAAUGAAUUUCGUACACUUGAUGGAUUACACCAGCAUCAGGAUGCUAAAGAUCAUCGUUUCGAAUGUCCAGUGUGUGAUGAUACGUUUUACACGUUAAAAUUUCUAAAUGAACACCAAGAAGAUGAAAAUCAUUUUCUGCAUCAAUGCAACAGAUGCCAUCGAACUUUUCAAAGUUUAGAUAGUCUUACUCAACACAAAUAUGCUAAGCUCCAUUUCUAA